GAUCUGGCAGUCGAGACCAUCGACCUACUCCUACAAAGCAAAUACGGUGAGACGGAGAAUCGCCUUGAACAUGCCCAAAUCCUACAGCUACUACAGUUCUGUCUGAGGCCGUACUUCACGUUUGACGGAACAAUCAUCGAGCAGGUGAAGGUGAAAGAAUCCACUCGGAUUCUUUCAUGGGCCGUUGUCGGUCUGUCUGGCUUUCCGGUCGUGGCCUCAAUCUGUCUGGAGCUCAAGGUCGUUGUGGUCGCCAAACUUCCUAGUGCGAGACACAAGCCACCCACGUUGUCCAACAACGGUGUCCAACCACACGCUAUCCACCCACACACUGUCCUCCCGCACGGUGUCCAACCAAUCACAGGCCAACUUAGCCAGUGA